AUGCAAAACCCUGUUUUGCUGGCCUUGUUGAAUCCUCCCGCCCGCCCAGCUGCAUUGUCGGCGAAGCGGACGGCACGUGUUGGAAGCACCCAAUGGAACCAUGUUAUUUGCCUAUCCCAAGGGCGGCGCCCUGCGGCAGCAUGGAACGUUCCUCGCCGAGGUGCCGACCAGACAGGCCGUGUCGUUGGGGAGCCCAUUUGGCAGCGACGUGUAGGGCGGUGCUUGGCGGUGGUUGGCGGUGGUUGGGAGCACGCGAAGGGUGGACCCAGCGGCGCCGGCGACAACGGCGACGCGGUGCCAUUGGGGUUUCUCAGCUCGGUACCAGGCGUCAGCAGUCUGGCUGGCAGCUCCUAUGUACUCAGUGCCGUUCAGUACGCCAAGGACAAUCCGUUGAUGGCCCUGUGGACCGUGGGCCCUGCCGUGUGCAGCGGCGUACUGACCGCAGCCAGGUCGACCUACAACUAUUUCUAUCCACCGGAGCAGAGUUGGUUGGGCGGCUGGGAUGCUGGUCUCCUUGGGGGCGCCGCCGGUGGUGCUUGGUUCGGCGGCUCCGCUGCUGCAAAGCCGGCGCUUCUAGUUGGUGGCCUGGUUCUCAACCACAGGCCUCAUCGGGCUGGUUUGGCUUUGGCGGCCAGCCUGCGCCCGCUUCAAGCAGCUGGUUCGGCGGCGGCGAAGCGGCCGCGUCGUCUUCCAGCUGGUUCGGCACGAGCGCUGCUGCUGGUGCCGCCGCCAGUGGUGCCGCGGGCGGGUGGUUCGGAGGUCUCUUUGGAGGCACGGAUGGUCGGGUGGAUGGUCCCUGGUGUCCAGUUGGUUUUGUGA